UCUCUGCAAUCCGAACCACUUGAGUCUUGCAACGAGAGCAACUGCGUGACCAUGUUUCCCCGCUGCCGAUAAUCAGUGGCUUCCUCGUGGACGUCAUUCGGGCCUGAUCUUAUCUCUCCUUAUCUCGAUGAUGUCGAUUGAGCUACAUGUCCGUCCGUCUGCGGGGUUUUCCUUCAAUUUCCGGCGAUAUCUUUUAACUUUUUUAUAUAAAACAAAAAGGAAGUUUUGACGUCAUUCUUCUGCUUUAUAAGAUGGGUUGAGAGGUUGUCCCGAGUCACAAUUCGUCGAGCUUGCGAAGUGGAAGCUGCUGUGAAAUCAUCGACUGUAAUUUUUGUAACACUGCAACUAUGCAUUUCAACAGGCUGGUCGCGUCCCUCGUGCUCCUGACGUUCGCAGGUGUGAGUCAGGGGAGCCCAGUCGUCACAGCCCCUCCUGAAGUGGCCGCCCUGUGCCCCUACACGCCGGGGGAGUACCCUCUGCUGCUGCCCAACCCUGUCGACUGCGGCUCCUUCUACAUGUGCAGCUGGUACGGGACAGCUUUUUUGCAGUACUGUCCAGCUGGCCUCCACUUCAAUGUCAAACUGCAGGUGUGUGACUACCCGGAUCACGCCGACUGUGUCGAGAGAACUACAGCUGCACCAGUCAACGUAACCACAGCUGUCCCAGUCAAUGUAACUACAGCUGUUCCAGUCAAUGUAACCACAGCUGUUCCAGUUAAUAUGACUACAGCUGUUCCAGUUAAUGCAACUACAGCUGUUCCAGUUAAUGUCACUACAGCUGCUCCAGUCAAUGUAACUACAGCUGCACCAGUUAAUAUGACUACAGCUGCACCAGUUAACGUCACUACAGCUGUUCCAGUCAAUGUAACCACAGCUGUCCCAGUCAAUGUAACUACAGCUGCACCAGUUAAUAUGACUACAGCUGCACCAGUUAACGUCACUACAGCUGUUCCAGUCAACGUAACCACAGCUGUCCCAGUCAAUGUAACUACAGCUGCACCAGUUAAUAUGACUACAGCUGCACCAGUUAACGUCACUACAGCUGUUCCAGUCAAUGUAACCACAGCUGUCCCAGUUAAUAUGACUACAGCUGUUCCAGUUAAUGUCACUACAGCUGCUCCAGUCAAUGUAACUACAGCUGUUCCAGUUAAUAUGACUACAGCUGCUCCAGUCAAUGUAACCACAGCUGCACCAAUCAAUGUAACUACAGCUGUCCCAGUCAACGUAACCACAGCUGUCCCAGUUAAUGUAACUACAGCUGCACCAGUUGAUAUAACCACAGCUGUCCCAGUUAACGUCACUACAGCUGCACCAGUUAAUGUAACUACGACUGUCCCAGUUAAUGCCACUACAGCUGCUCCAGUCAAUGUAACCACAGCUGUUCUGGUUAAUGUAACCACAGCUCCACCAGUUAAUGAAACUACAGCUGUUCCAGUCUCCAAAGUAACUGCAGCUGCUUAAGUUUCAGUGUAACCACAGUGCGACCACACCUGCUCCAAACAGCUGUUUUUUUUUCGCCAUAGCUAUUCGAAUUUCUGGUCAAAUUAUAGCUUAUGGAGUCACUCUCAAUCGCAGAUUAAUAAUUAAAACUCUUAUUAUUAAUAGUUUUUUGUAUACUAAUUUAUUUGUUGAGAUAUUUUAAGAAUAAAAUGUUUUAUUAAUAA